AUGUUGGGGCUUCCCGGAGGAGACAAGUCAUUUCUGAACCAGUUUGGAGGAACGCAAGACGUUUUCCCAUCCAAAAUCGACAACCAAACCGCGCCGUCCAGUGUUUCCCAAGAGGAUAUUCCCGAGGAGCCGGGCAAGAGAGCCACAAGGCCAAAGACAAAGUCAUCGACCAAAACACCGAAACAGAAACCCUCCGCAGCAAAACUCGCCGCGCCGGCACCGAAAACUCGAACACAGCCAAGACGCAAUGCUACCAAGGCCAACGAAACCCCUCUAGAGGAUCAAGAGCCCGAGCCCGAGUCCGAGCCAGCGCCAGCAGUGCCAGUGCCUACGACGAAGAAGGCGAAAAACCGGCGCCAGAGAUCGCUAGAGAGGAAUCGCGUCGCGGCCUCCAAAUGCCGCAAACGCAAGAAGCAGUGGACUGACGGUCUAGAGCAGAAGAAAUCUGGCCUCGAGUCAAUCCAUCACGAACUCCAGGCAAAGUGCAUGAGUCUGCUGCAGGAGUCGUCCCAACUGAAGAAUUUCUUGAUCGGCCAUGCGAGCUGCCAGGACCCGAACAUUGACAUUUGGAUAAGAAAUGAAGCCUCCAAGUUCGUGCAGAAUCUGCAAAAGAAACGUCGGUUGAACAGUCUGUUCUCCGUCCCAAGCCUCGAUGGAAACAGUUCGGCCUCUUCGAGCGCCAGCCCUCUGACGGGCACUGCCCUUGAAUCGCCGGGCCAAGCGAGCCUGGACCUAGACAUGGACGAUUUUUCCGGCAGCGAAGAGUCUUCAGAAGACGACCUGGCAAAUUGA